GACUUUCGACAAUGGAGCUGCGAAAAACAGAGGAGAAGAUCAACGAGCUGCUGGAAGCAUACGAAGGGAUUCGGAGGUCCCCUCUCUUGGACCCGGGGCAGACGGCCCUCUUGCCCCCCGUCCCGAGCGAGCUCGGUGCGGGMAAAAGCGCGGGCACCCUUGCACCGGGUGCCCAUGCCGACGAUUCCUCGCUCGUCCGGUCCCUCCGGGCGACCGAGGCAGCCCUGGAAGACCUGGCCCCGCGCGCCGAGAAGUUCCGGAAGCGCCUCUUCGAGAUCGAUCCCGUCACGGAACAGCCCCGGUACGGUCCCAAGAGCCGGGCGCGGGUCCGCAAGCUGGUGGGCGGGCACGACUUUUUGUGCGCCCAGUUCGUGGCGACCUUCCCGGAGGAGCGGGAACGCYGGCGCCUCGCGCUCGACGAGUAYCGGCGGCAGCAGCUGGACCUCCGGGAACAACGGCAGGAAGAGAGGCGGCGGGAGCACCGGAAGCGGCAGGAACUGUUGGAGCAGCAGAGAGAACAAGAGCGACAGGACAACCUCGAAGAAUCCGGUCGAGGAAAAGAGCUACCGGAACCGGUGGUUGCCGACGCGAACACCAACCCCGAUGGCAGCCUGAUCAUCGAUCCAAGCGGUUGCGCCUUUGACGACAACGACGUCAAWGMGGAGCAAACACCGCCGUGCCRCGAAGCCUCCCCCGCCAGCCUUUUGUUCGCRAAACUAAAGGAACAGCAYGAYGCCCGGGAGCAAGAAAAGCUGCGGCGGGAAGCCUCGGAAAAAGACGCCAGGAUCAARACGGAAGAAGAAACCCGACGAAGGAUGGCGGAGGACGAAGCCCGCCAGAAAGACCUGGAACGGCAGCGGGCCSAGCGACGGGCCGCCGAGGAAAAGGCCCAGAGGGACCUGCUGCACCAACAAGCGGAAGAAGCACGGGUGCGGCGCCGGGAACAGGAAGAGGCGAGGAGGGWAGCCGAGMGGAACUACCUGGACAGCAUCCGAAAGGGACCCGAGGGUGUCAAGCACUACCUGGGCGUCUUGCUGCGGCCGGAGGCGUCCGGCGAUCGGGGAGAACARGGCGCCCAGGAAGAAGGAAGGGCCCCGAAGGCUCUCGAUCCGGAGCGCAUCGUGGCGCUGCGGUCGCUGUGCACCCUCUUUGAGCAGAUCCAGAAACACCCCGAAGAGAUCAACAACCGGAAAAUCAGGUGCGCAAACCCMAACUUUCACCGGGACAUUGGACGGCACGAAGGAGGCAUCGAGCUGCUGAUUGCGGCCGGCUUUCGGCCCACCAUGCUGCCGGCCCCCGACGCUCCGGGGGCCGGCGCGGGCACCGGCGAAAACAGUCCCGGAAACGCCACCGGCGGCGCUGCCGGGGACGGCGAGGAAYCCGAAGAACCGCCGGACGUUGCCUUUUUGGUGUCGAAAGAGCCCAACCUGGAACACGACAUGGACGGGUGGAUGGCGUGGUUCGACCUGAACAAGGCGACGCUGGAAAUUCUACAGACCGAGCUGCAAACCAUAGAAGGAACGAACAARCGCAGCCGGAGGUGACGGCGGUGAGUUGUGAGUGCACGGUGGGAUCCGGCACUGCUCGUGUAUUGCGAAGCWAACAGUAUUCUUUGCUAUACUGUAAUAGUACAAUACAAUAGUAGUAUGCCG